GCUGCCUUUGCUUUGAUCUAUUGAACGGUCAGGGCCUUUGGGGUUCUUUAUGCAACGUUCUCGUCUGCGUGACUGGUAAAGAUUCAAUCUUUCAACACAGCCGCGGUUGUCAGUUUGCCAUCCAACCCUGAACUCAAACUGUCAAAUGGCAUCCGCUGUAGAGAAAGGAAAGAAGGUUGCAGCCUAUAGAGCUGUUGACGAAAACAUCACUGCCGAACACAAGGUUAUUGGAAUUGGCUCUGGUUCCACUGUGGUCUAUGCUGUGGAGCGCAUUUUGCAGCGAAAGGAACUUCAGCACAUUGUCUACAUCCCCACAAGUUUCCAAAGCCGCCUUCUCAUUACUGAAGGAGGACUGACACUAGGAAGCAUAGAACAGUUUCCAGAGAUUGACGUGACAAUUGAUGGUGCCGACGAGGUUGAUCCGCAACUCAAUGCCAUCAAGGGAGGAGGAGCUUGUCAAUUUCAGGAAAUGGUUGUUGCCAAGGCUGCGAAGAAGUUUGUUAUGAUUGCAGACUACCGAAAAAAGUCCAAGUCCUUGGGCACUGAGUGGGUUAAGGGUGUUCCUAUUGAGGUCGUGCCUUUGGCUUACAAGGUCGUCAUGCAUGCCUUGAACAAUCUACUCUCUGUCAAGCCACAGUUUACGAAGUUGCGCAUGGCUGUGCAAAAGGCUGGUCCCGUCGUGACUGACAACGGUAACUUUGUCAUCGAUGCACACUUUGGUCCCAUUGCUGAUCCCCACAAGCUUGGCCAGGAAAUUAAAUUGCUCACUGGUGUUCUGGAGGUUGGUCUGUUCUGCAGAAUGGCUGAAAUUGCUUACUUUGGCGAAGAGGAUGGCAGUGUAGACAUUUGGAAGCGACAGUAAAAAGACAUAUAAAAUAUAGUCGAGAAUAGAUUUUUGCCAAACCAAUAUCUUCAUCAUAUAUUCAGCCAGUCCCAUUCAUCCAAUCAUGAAAUUACGACUUAGAUCUCAAUACAGGCUAGAUGUUUUAUGAAAUACAGUGCUAUGUGCUGGAGUUGGAUUUGGACAAUGGCAUUCGGCCGAUAUUUCUGUCCACAACCUUUUCAACUCCACAGUCACACAACGUUCGUU